UGUGGAAGCGGGCGCGCCGUGUGACGUCACCCUGUUUGGCCGGCGCGGCGGCACCGGGAAGGCCCCGGCGGAGCCCUCGUGGGCAGGGCUCCGCGUGGGCCCGUGUUAAUGCCGAGUGACCCCUGUUCGGGGCCCCAGGGCGUCUCUGGCACCGAUUGACUUGCUCCCUUGCUCCCUCCCUGCGUUCCUUCCCGUCUUAUAUGAACGGAAGGUGCCGUCUAAGGGACCCGGGCAUGGAAGGCAAGGCCUUGGUGACGUCCAAACAGAAGACGGAAGUGGUGUGCGGGGUCCCCACCCAGGUGGUCUGCACGGCCUUCAGCAGCCACAUCCUGGUGGUGGUGACCCAGUUCGGGAAGAUGGGUACCCUGGUCUCCCUGGAACCCAGCAACGUGGCCAGUGACAUCAGCAAGCCCAUGCUCACUACUAAAGUUCUCCUCGGGCAAGACGAGCCUCUCAUCCAUGUCUUCGCGAAGAACCUUGUGACGUUUGUAUCUCAAGAAGCCGGAAACAGAGCCGUGCUCCUUGCCUUGGCCAUGAAGGACAGAAGCAUGGAGGGGCUGAAGGCCUUGAAGGAGGUGAUCCAGACAUGCCAGGUGUGGUGACCCUGGAGUCAGCAGCCGCACCUGCAGCUCAGCAGAGUCAGGUGGAAAUGCAGACACCCUCUUGAUGUGAAGACCCUCCUCUGGUCCAUCAGUGGGAGGAGCUUUUCUGUGGCUCUAGCCCUGGAAGCCAGAGGAGAUGUGCAUGUCUCAGGCCGACUUUUGUUUGGCCUCUAGCACCAUCCAUGGAUGGAGGGAGGACUCGGAGUGCGUGUUGGGAGAGUUGUGAAUGGUUCUCACCAGGGUCCAAGUGGUUGUAUAUAUUUGAGAAUUGAACGAAUGAGUCAUUGGCCCUCAAUAUGUAGUACCAGCUACUGGAAGAAGCUGUUUUUGUAUUAAAAGUAAGUGCAUAACUCAAGACUA